AUGGAGACUAAGACAAUUUUCAAGAUAUUUUUCAUUAUCACUGCUUUAGUAUCAUAUGCAUAUCCAAGUUUGGGCCAAGAAAAUGUUGACAAUGAACCACUUGUUAAACCCGGUCAGGAGUUUGAUACAUUGGGUGCGAUGUCACCCGUUUCAAAAGAUUACAAUAUUUAUGUACUAAAAAACCUUCCACCAAAAGAAAAAAAAUAUCUCGAAACAUGUAUGGAGAAGAUGGGACUCACUGAUAUUUGGCAAUGUCAUGCCGAUGUUAUUCAUGAGAUUCUUACAAAUGAACCUGUUUCAAAAGAGUGUUGUCUGAAGGUAAUAAAAGCUGGAAAAGAAUGCCACAUGCAUCUGACUAAAUUGACGUUUCAAUUUUAUCAACUCAAACACUUUGCUUCUCAAGUUUCUUUCAAAAUUAACGAGGUUUAG